AUGGAGAAGACAUACUCACUAACUGCCCACUAUGAUGAGUUCCAGGAAGUGAAAUAUGGUGGUCGCUACAGCAGUGACAUCCUCAGCAACGGCAUGACCCUUCACCUGGGGGGCAGCCUGGACCGUCAUAUGGGACGUGGCCGGGGCGGGACCUUGUCAAAUGGUCGAAACAGAGAUCUAAGCAGCACCAGCAGCAGCGGAGGGCUUCCUCGAUGGAGCCGGAGGGAGAUCUGCCUCCUCUCUGCACUGGUGUUUGCAGCAGGCAUGUGCGUCAUCUUGGGCAGCAUGCUUGCACUGAAGUACAUUUCCCUGGACGCCCAGCAGGACCCACAGUGCCGGCAGGACUGCCAACGCAAACGCUCCCUGCUGCGGGCGGCACGCUUCGUUCAGGCCAAUAUUGACCCAACCAUCCAGCCGUGCCAGGACUUCUACUCCUUCGCCUGUGGUGGCUGGCUGAGGCGCCACGGCAUCCCUGAGGACAAGCUCAGCUACGGCAUCAUCACCGCCAUAGGAGAGCACAAUGAGGAGAAGCUACAGAGUCUCCUGCUGGAGCCGAUCCGGAGGCGUGGGCCCGGCUCAGCAGAGCGCAAGGUCAAGGAGUUCUAUCGAUCCUGCGUCAAUAUCCAGGAGAUCGACAAGCUGGGCUCUGACCCCAUGACUGAGGUGAUAGACAGCUGUGGGGGGUGGGACCUGGUGGGGGCUCCUCCCGGUGCUGCUGGGUGGGAGAGAGAGGGCGCCCCACAGAGGCCGGACUUCAAUGAGCUGCUGUACAGGACCCAGGGUGUGUACAGCACUGCGGUCUUCUUCUCCCUCACCGUCAAUGUGGACGAUAAAAACUCCUCCAGGAAUGCAAUCAGGAUUGAUCAGGAGGGGCUUACACUGCCUGAGAGAAGCCUGUACCUGGGACAGGAUGAGGACAGUGUGAAGAUCCUGGCGGCAUACAAGGCCCUGAUGGAGCGCUUACUGAGCAUGCUGGGAGCCCACAACGCCACGCAGAAGUCCAAGGAGAUUAUACAGCUGGAGACCCGUCUGGCCAAUAUCACUGUGUCAGAAUAUGAUGACCAAAGAAAGGACAUCAGCACCAUGUAUAACCGCAUCACCCUCAGGCAGCUACAGCGCAUCGCUCCCAGUCUUCACUGGAAACGCUUGCUGGACAGAAUCUUCCACGACAACUUCUCAGAAGACGAAGAGAUUGUGGUGCUCGCCACCGAUUACAUACAGAAAGUCUCCGACAUCAUCAAGACCACUUCAAAGAGGGUUCUCCAUAACUAUAUGCUGUGGCGAAUUGUGGCAGCGCUAAGUGAACACCUGUCCACCGCCUUCCGCAGCACCAUCCAUGAGUUUUCUCGGGAGAUUGAUGGCACGGAGCAGCAGCUGGAGCUGGGCAGGCUCUGCCUCACUCAGGCCAACAAACACUUUGGCAUGGCCCUGGGGGCCCUGUUCGUCCAGCAACACUUCUCCUCGCAGAGCAAGGCCAAGGUACAGGAGCUGGUAGAGGACAUAAAGCAUUCCCUGGAUCUCCGGCUGCAUGAGCUGGACUGGAUGGAUGAAGCCACCAAGGAGGCUGCCAGGGCAAAGCUGAAGCACAUGAUGGUGAUGACAGGAUACCCAGACUUCCUGCUCAAACCUGAGCUCAUAGAUCAAGAAUAUGGGUUCGAUGUGAACGAGAAGACCUAUUUCAAGAAUAUCCUCAACAGCAUCAAGUUCAACAUCAAGCUGUCAGUCAAGAAGAUCCAUGAAGAAGUGGACAAGACAACGUGGCUUCUCCCCCCUCAGGCCCUUAAUGCCUACUACCUCCCUAACAAGAACCAAAUGGUGUUUCCUGCCGGCAUCCUUCAGCCCACUCUCUACAACCCUGAGUUCCCACAGGUCAGAAUCAUCACAAGGGGCUCCAACUGUUCUUUUAACUGGUGUAUGAAGAGAAGAUCUCAGUCCAUCUACUUGCAGCUGCUGACUGACAAACAUGCACCAGAGCACUACAGAGUUAUUGGCAGUGUUUCCCAGUUUGAUGAGUUUUCCCGUGUUUUCCACUGUCCGAAGGGUUCCCCAAUGAACCCUGUGGACAAAUGCUCCGUAUGGUGACCUCUCCGCCCGGCUGUUGACCAUGGGAUGAACUUCAUCUUCACAGCUCCCACCAACACACACAACCUGUCCUACAUCCCACAUUCAUCAGAGCCAACAUGAUGAUAGCAUAAAGCCUAUUCUUGCCUAUAAAGGAUACAGAAAGGAGAUGUAUCUUUUCAACAUCAUCAGUACACGUUUUCAAUUCAAGUUUCAAGUUUAUACAAUUGUCCAUUGUCUGUACUAACCAGCCUAAAGCAGGGGUCACAUGACCACUGAUCAUGUACAUAUAUAUCAUUUGAUUAUAUAUUUUUCUAUGUUUACAUUUAUUUCAAAAUCAUCUAUUUUUCUAUUUUAGCACAUAUAUCACAUACAUUAUGCGUAGGAUUCAUAAGCUCUUUGUUUUUUAAUUAAGCAACACAUUUCCUCAAUUGUUUCUGUUCUUUGUAGCAUCAACUAGAAAAACUUAAGCAUAUCAGAAGAUCGGCAGCAACAAUGCUUUCAGUCCCAAAUGAAACUAGACAAGGACCAAUUUAAUCAAUAGCAUCCUUGUGCCUGGCAAAAUGUUGGUGUUUUUUUUGAGUUGGGAUUGGAGUUUGAUUUGUGUCGCAAUGCCGCGCUCUUGUGGCUGCAGAGAGAAAUGGUCAUUGUUCUACCACCAUAACUGUUGUAUUGUUUGCCUGCAUUGGUCUCUUGUUACUGUGAGUGUUUGUACGGUUUUUAAGAUUUGUCAACUUUUUUAGAAAAAGAAAGGGGACUGGAUGUUUUUCUCAGGAUUUGUAGCAAAGUGCAGUGACAAAUGGAGGAUCUCUGUGUCUCUAUCUACAUUCAACUCUUCAGCCUACAGUACAAUCACAAAGGAGAUGGUACUCUUAUCAAAGGAAAGAAAAAAGAAGAGAAGAAUGAUUUUCCUCACUGGAAUUCACAGCAUGGGAAACAACUCGAUCCUAUCAGAUGAGCUGAUUUGAGAGUCAGAAGAACCGCUGCUAUUGGAUUAUUCAGAUCUCUGUGUUUCUGAUGAACUGUGAAGAAUGAUCUUCAACUCGGCAUUCAAGUGAGAGGGAGAGUGGUCACAUCAUAUAUUCACAGUUCAACUUACCAAAUACAUAAGAAAGUGCAACUAUGGUAAAUGGAGAAUCAUACAUUUGUACGCAGUGUUAUUUAAAAAAUAUUACUUUUGUAUAAAGAAAAAAAAAUAAGAAUCUUUGUACAGUGGAAAAGUAUCAGAUGAAUCAGAUGUUAUGGUUGUACAGUUUGUUUUGAUGAGACUGCAUGUUUCCUCUCUGAACAUCAAUAAAUUCUGAUCAAUAUAUAUGGAAGACAUCACACGCACGCGCGUUCGCACACACACACGUCAGACUCUACAGCUGCUAUUCCACAUGUGGCUGCUAUCUCUUCCUCUCUGUUGGUCACUGUUUAAUGUUUGAAUAAAUACAAAGGAUCACUGUG